AUGGAGUCCAACGAGAAUGGGGAGAAUUGGAGGGAGGAGGAGAAUGGAGAGAAGUGGAUGGAGGACCAGUGGGAGAAAUGGCUGACCCAUGACAUCAGCCUGGAGGAGUUUGAGGACGAGGACCUCUCUCAGGUCACAGAGAUCACCGGUGAGGCGGGAGCCAGCCUUAACUACAAUGACCUUGACUCUCAAUCUCUGCUCUCCUCCUCCUCUUCCCCUCCCUUCCCUUUCUCCUCACUGAAUCCUUUUCUCUCUCUCUCUCUCUCUCCACUCGCUCUCAUUCUUGCUUUCUCCGCCUCCCUCCCUCUCCCCCUCCACCUCACUGAAUUAUUCUCUCUAUCUGCUGCAACACUGCUGCCUGGCUCUUCCCAGGACCAUGUGACGUGGCCAGCCAGUAGCGAGGCGGGGAAGGCAGACGGGCGGGGGUUCAGGGAAGUGCAGGCGGAGGUGCUCCACUUGGACCUGAUCGAUGCUGAGGAGGAGAUCCAGGAGGAAGAGGAGCACUGGGGCCUGAUCCAUGGUUCCCUCGACGACCGCAGACUCAACCAGGAAGAGAGAGGGGCCGUCGUUCUAACUCCUGUCAGACAGAAACAGCCCAAUGUGAUAGAAUUCAAAUCUGCUGAACAUCCAGUCGCUAUGGACACGUACAGGCCCAAGAGACCCACCACACUAGCGCUGUUUCCACAGGUGCAGCCUCAGCCUCCAAGGACUCAGGACAAGGAUACAAUUAACAACAACUCAUUUGGAAAGAAGGACACGUGGAAGGAGAAUCUGUCAAACUCCAACUCCUCCUCCCCCCACAUAACAGGCGAUCUGACACCCACUAAUGAGCAGGUCAACGAUGAGUCUAAAGUCCAGCAGCACAACGAUGGCUCUGUGGCCAAACAACCCCAACACAGAGGUACAGUCCCAGAGAAGGCAGUCAAGGCAUACAGCAAGGACUACUCCACGUUCAUCUCACAUGGACCUACAGAAUCACGGGGCAGGCAGCGUGGCGCAAAGCAGCGGGACAAGAAGGCCUCCACUGCUCCACACAACCAGACUACAGCAGCAAAGCCGAAAGCAGGCAGUAUGAGAGACAAAGCUGUGGAUGGGGAUAGGGAUGGGAGCAGAGGGCGAGGAGGACAGGGGCAAGGGCGGGGGUGCUGCCGCGAGGAGAAGCGCCAGCCAGAAGCCACGGAGGAGAUCUACCUGACACCGGUACACCAGAAGAACGCAGACACUGACCGUCCAGACUCUGACCGUCCCUUCCUGUCUCAGAGCAGCGAGGGCAAUCGCAUGUCGAUCAGCUCCGACGCGGAGGGACCCCCAGCGUACACAAACACUGCCCUCCCCAACCGAACAAACCCCUCCAUCAGCGAGGAGGACGAGGUCUACCUGCAACCCCCUGCACCUCCUCCGCGUUCCUCCUCCAUCUCCUCAUGCUUUAGGCCAUCUGACAGUGAGGGAGGGGAGCGGGAAAGAGAGUUGUGGGACAGGGGCUCUAAGUCUAGGUCUAAGGGUGAGUCGGGGGGGUCGGGGGCCCUGCGGACUGCACACGCUCAGAGCUCCGAGGCCGAUGGCCUCUCCUAUGACUCUGUUAAGUACACCCUAGUGGUGGACGAGCACGCCAAGUUAGAACUGGUGAGCUUGAAGCAGUGCUACCAGAGCUACAGUGAUGAAAGCGACACAGAGACGGUAUAUGAGUCAGCCAACGAGGAAGAGGACUAUGAGGUGGAUCACAGCGAGCUGAAGAGAGAAAGGAAGUCAUCACGUCUGUCGAGGGCUUCUUCGUCCUCUGAGGCAGGAGUUGGCGGGGGACCUCGAACACGCAAGUUCCGCAAUGUGUUCGUGAACAGACAUUUACACUCUUCUGGUGCGGAGUCCUUUGGCCUGUUCUCCUGUGUGUUAGAUGGAGUAGAGCAAGAGCAGAGCCACAGAGCUGUGUUCAGGUUUGUCCCUCGCCAUGGCGAUGAGCUGGAGCUAGAAGUGGACGACCCUCUGCUUAUGGAGGUUCAGGCUGACGAUCUGUGGUGUAAGGCCUACAACAUGAGAACUGGGGCCUGCGGCAUCUUCCCUGCCUACUACGCUGCCAAGGUCACCCAGGAACCCAUCAAAGAUGACAAAGAGGACUGGGUAGACAGGUUCCGAGUGAAGUUCCUGGGUUCUGUUAACGUACCCUACCACAAAGGCAACGAUGUGCUUUGUGCUGCUAUGCAAAAGAUUGCUAACAACCGCCGGAUGACCAUGCAGCCUCCCUCUGCAUGUAUUCUGGAAAUCAACAUGAAGGGGGUGAAAAUCAUUGUGCAAGAUGAAUGUAGGACCUCGGAAAGAGGGGAUAAGUGCUUUCACUUUUUCCAGCUUAAGAACAUCUCCUUUUGCGGCUGUCACCCAAAACAUAACAAGUAUUUUGGAUUCAUCACCAAACAUCCUGAUCACCAGAGGUUUGCUUGCCAUGUGUUUAUGUCAGACGACUCCAUGAUGCCUCUGGCUCAGUCGGUUGGGAAAGCCUUCCAGCUGUACUACAAGGAAACGGUGGGCUACUCAUGCCCAACAGAGGACAUCUUCAUUGAGUAGCUUUCUUCUCGCUAUAGUACAUUUCUCCAAUGUUGUGUCAUGAUGAAACAACUUGCAUGGUGGAUUACUGCAUUGAAUGGUAACGCUUUUAGUAAUAUUGAUCUGUCACACAGGUCUACUUGGUGCGGCUUCCUAUUCACUGUCAUGUUUCCACAGCACAAACAUGUCUACAGAAAUACCCAAACUAAAGCAUUACCAAUCCUAUCCAAAAGAGCAUACAUGUAUCUUUCUUAAAAAAAAGGUAAUUGGCCAAAAAUACAGUACUUUUAAAAUGUAAAGUGUGCAGCCAAAUGUAAGGACCGGCACUACAGUACAGAAAUUCCCAAAAGUAGUUACAGAUUUCAGAUCUAAUUCAAUAUCACAUUCAAAAUCAAGAUAGAAUAUGUUUCUAUAUGUGUGGCUUUACGAGCAAUUCCAAAUGAUAUGAGAUCACUAUAUCAAGUCACCUGGAAACCUUGUCUUUGUACAGAGGAAGACAGAGAGGCAGUGAUUUCAAUCUGUCUGUAUGUGCCCGUGGACUGUUUUUAAAAUCACACUGUGUUUGAUUUCAGAAUCAGUUAGUAUGUAUGUUGGAUGGGAAAGUGUAUUAAUGGAUUAAUGGUCCCCAUCACAUCAUAACAGGUUUUAAAUGAAGUCCAGUUCAUCAUUCUCACCAAUGAACUUUGACUAGGGCCUGUCAUCUAUCUUCCAAUACCAAAAAGGUGAAUUCACUUUUCUUUUUCUCUUAUUCAUGUGACUCCGUACAGCCAAUGGCAAUGUCCGCUUUAGGCUUGUGGAUUUGACAGCUCUUAGCACAGUUCCACCUCUGACACCUCCAAAACAACUGCAAUGUGGAUGUCGGCCAAAGCGGAUAUGAUUUAAUAGAGCCCAUACUCCUACUGUAACUUGGAAACAAUAUUUUUGGCCCAAAUUGUAAGGUGGGAUUACUGAAUAAGGAAAACACUUUAAUAAAUAUGAUCUUGGAAUCACUGUGGUCUUUCCACUUUAAAAGUCACCCAGAAGGCAUGUGUUCUAAAAUCAUGUUUUCAAACCACAAGUAGUGCCUAUUUUCUAAUUAUUGUGAUUACUGUAUACAUUAUGUAUUUCCUUUUUAUUUGAGAAGGUUAUCCUGGCACUGUGGGACAGAUGUAAUACCUGUGCAAUAUAAAUAUGCUGUUUGUAAAUGAAAUGUCCUACAGUAAGUUUGAUCAAACCCAGUGUGUAUUGCAUGAUAUCAAUGUCAAACAAAACAAUGUAGAGAAAAAAAACACAGGAUGUCAAUUCUUGUCAUUAAAUGUGAAGGUGUUUACAUCCUCUCUGAACUUA